GCAUUUGUAAACCUAUCCUAAUCCCGAUAAUAUUGCAUGGCAGAACACUUGUGUUCAUUGUUGUUUAUCGUGAUACUUGUGUUGAGAUUGUUGAAAUUAAAAGCAUUCAUUUGGACUUAAUUUAUUAAACAAAAUGAUAGUCGAUUAUUCUACUAAUUUGUUAAAGAAUAUCCACGAAAGUCUUCUUACCUUCGAUAAAAGGGAGAGUACAGUUAUACGAGGUAUUUAUGAAUACUGGCACUACGGUUGCGAUGGUUUUAAUGAUAUGGGAUGGGGUUGUGGGUAUAGAACAUUGCAGACAAUUUGCUCAUGGAUUAUAAUUAAUAAGAAUUUAGAACAAGAAGUUCCAAGCAUACCAAAAAUACAAGAAACGCUUGUUGCAUUGGAGGAUAAGGAAAAAUCAUUUAUCGGGUCGAGGGAUUGGAUAGGAUGCUUCGAAGUAUGUCUUGUUCUGGGUAGUUUAUAUAAUAUAAGUAGUAAAAUUGUUCACAUUGUAAGUGGUCGAGAACUAUCCAAAUAUUUGCAUAUUAUUAGACAGCAUUUUCAAGAAUUUGGAAGUCCAAUUAUGAUGGGAGGAGAUCAAGAUUGUUCUAGUAAAUGUAUCAUUGGUAUACAUACUGGAUCGAAAGAAGCCUAUUUAUUAAUCAUUGAUCCACACUUUAUAGGUAAAGCUAAAAGCACUGAAGAAUUAAAAAAUAAACAAUGGGUAAGAUGGCUAAGUAUUGAAGACUUUGUAUACAGUUCUUUUUACAAUCUUUGUUUACCGCAGAUCAAAAUAACUUGAUAUACCGAUUGAAUUUAUUUUAUCUUUUUAUUUAACUUAACUAAAAGAAUAAUCUCUAUAGGAAUAAUCAUGAUUGUAAUGUCAAUCUAUUUUCUAGAUUAUAGUAUAAGUUUUUAAGUUUUUUUAAAGUCUAUUACACACACCUGUUAUUGUUAUUUAUUAUUAUGAAAUUAAUUUAGUCUGUGUUGAGUAAAAGGCAUACACCCUGUAAAAUCCAGUGCGAAACAUGUUCCUCCGUUGAAAGAUCUGCUUCAAAUAUCAAACCUUUACCCAUUGCAUCGCGCCUAUUCGAUGUUGUGUACACUGGAGUUUUUACUGUAUUCUACAUAAAUUUAUAGCAAAGAAAAGAAUGGCAAAAAUAUAUUGAAAUGGUUAAACAUCAGAAUGAGUUUUUGAAAUCUAUACUUUCUGUAAUAUUAUCGUAAAUAUACCUGAAGUUUGAGUCUA